UAGAAUGUUUACUACGUAGAUGUGUUAACUGAUCAGUGAGAAGAGCCGACGGAGCACCGCAAUUCAUCGGUGAAAUAUUGAACUUUUAGUUGACUAUUCUAAUCGACAACUGAUAUUAAUUUGAUGCUGAAUAUCUCGAAUAUAUUUACUACAACCAGGACAGAAUCAGAGAACUCCUUGCCCGAUCUGACCAACAGCCCAUGCCUCAUUCUCGGUGGGUGUCAAGGAUUUAGUAGGUGCUGAUAGAGGGUUGGGUAAUGGCCACUGCAGAGUCCACCACCGACAACCCUCCCAACAUCUCAGUGACAGUUCCUAGCAGCCCGGAGGAACUGCCGUCGCCUGUCACCAAGGAAGAGUCGCCCAGGAUACCCAAAGACAGCGGGAGGAAUGGAGGAAAGGGAGGACGAAGGGGAAGCGGAGAUGGCUGCGGACUAAACGGGACGUCACCGUCGGGCCUCGACGACUCGCCUGGCUCCAAGAGCCAAAGCGGAGAGAGCACAGGGGAUGGCGACAAGGGAAGUCCUGGACCCCAUCUCUCCUUGGACACGACUUUAAAGAGUGUUGAUUCCCUUGGGACAUUGACUAGCCAGUGUAGCAUCGGAGACGGCGACACCAGUAGCCUGACCAGUGGGGCUAGUAGCCCAGAGGCGACUAGCUCCAGCAGUGGGAAAGUGGAGGCGAAGCUGGGCAAGAUCGAGGUUAUUCGAGCAAGUACGGAGGAAGAACUGGUAGCAAAGAUGGAAGAACAAAAUAGGCGAUUAGAGGCAGACUCCAAGUCCCUCAAGUCAGUCAGGUCAUCCCGACGAGGUUCCAAUGCCAGCCAGCAGUCCACCAGCUCUUCCACCAGUAACCUUAGCAGCCAGGCGCUUAACAACAGCAGCGGGAGUGGAGGAGGUGGAGGAGGGGCAGGAGGAGGGGCAGGGAGCGCCGACCUAGGGCCGGAAGAUGAAGAGAGUAUUAGCAUGCAAGACCAGUGGCUGGUCUGGGGAAAGAUCGUGAACGACUGGGAUGAAUACACAAAGAAGAAGAGUAAACAAAUAAAGGAGCUGGUGAGACUCGGCAUCCCCCGCCAUUUCCGGGGGAUCGUCUGGCAGCUGCUGUGUGGCGCCUACAACUCGCCUCUCAAAGAACAAUACGCCCUCUACCUCAAGAUGCAGUCAUCCUACGAGCGGGUGAUCCGUCGGGACAUCGCCAGGACCUACCCCGAGCAUGAGUUCUUCAAGGAGAAGGACGGGCUCGGCCAGGAGACCCUCUUCAAUGUCAUGAAGGCUUACUCAUUACAUGACAGAGAGGUUGGUUACUGCCAAGGAAGUGCCUUCAUCGUUGGUCUUCUUCUCAUGCAAAUGCCAGAGGAAGAGGCCUUCUGUGUUCUCGUCAAGAUAAUGCAGGAGUACGGAAUGAGAGAACUCUUCAAGCCUAACAUGGCCCACCUUGGUCUCUGCAUGUUCCAGUUUGAAUGCAUGAUUCAGGACCUCUUACCAGACCUAUUUAAACACUUUACGGCGCAGGGCUUCCACACAUCAAUGUACGCGUCGUCAUGGUUUCUUACACUUUUUGCCGUCUGCUUGCCAAUCUCGCUCUCCAUGAGAAUCAUGGAUCUCUUCAUCUCAGAAGGUAUGGAAGCUAUAUUUAAGAUAGGAGCAGCCAUGCUUCAACUCAACUGUGAAGAUCUUCUGAGACUGGACAUGGAGGAAAUGUUAAGGUUUAUCCAGAAACUUGCUCCUAAGAUCCAUGAGGAUGAACCCGAGCAUCUCCUCCAGUCUUCCUACCUCAUCAAGUACAACGCCAAGAAGAUGAAAAGGCUUGAAAAGGACUACUUUGCAUUCAAGGAAAAAGAGACAGAGGAGCAGAUUGAAAUGAGGAGGCUCCGCACAGAGAAUAGGCUUCUCCACCAGAGGAUCCAGAACCUGGAGAAGGAGAACGAGCAGCUGGCCGACAAGCUGAUCCAAGGCCAGCUUUCCUGGGCCCAGGAGGCUGAGGAGGUCUACGCUGUCCGCAGGGAGCUGGAGCAGACCCGCAACGACCGCAAUGCUGUUGCCAAGGAGCUUGAAGGAGCGCAGACCGUCAUCAACGACCUCAGAGAGAAGGCUAAGAACGAACGGCCCUGUGUGUUGGACAAGGAGGUAGAGUCGGUGGUGAUGGAGCUCCAAGAAGAAUUGAUCUCGGUCAGGUUAAAAGAAGCAGAGUCGGCGGAGUCUCUCAAAACUUUUAGCACCAAGAUUGAGAGUCUGGAAAAGAUCAAUCAGAAGUUACGGAAGGAGCCCGGCCAUUCCAUCGCGGCCCUCCAGGAUGAGCUGAUCGCCGUCAAGCUGAGGGAGGCCGAGGCCAAUCUCGCUCUCAGGGAGCUCCGGGAGAAGGUCAACGACCUUGAGUCCCACUGGCAGAAACACCUGGAGAAGCUCACCGGGAAGCAGAAGGGGUCAAACUCGAGACCCACGCUCCAGCAGGUCACGGAAGAGCUCAUGUCGGUGAGGUUACGGGAAGCGGACACGGCAGCUGACCUCAAGGAAACCCAGCAGAGGGUCAUGGAACUUCAGACACAAAACCAAAUGACAAGUAAUCAGAUGAGGAGGAUAGAGGAGGAGAGGAUAGAAGUCAAGCAGGAUCUUGAAGUGUGUGAGAAGAAAGAACAGGAGCUACAAAGACAAUUCUAUGAGGCUCAGAAAGAACUAUGCAAACUAGAAGCCAGGAGCAAAGAAGAAAUGAUCAACAUGAGGUUACGAGAGGCCGAAUCCAACGCGGAGCUGAUUGAACUGAGACAGCGGGUUUCGGGCCUGGAUAUUCAGAAUUCAGAGCUUAUAACCAAGAACUCUUUGAUCCAAGCUGAGAGUUACCACCGGGUAGAGGAACUCAAAGACAGGAUCAUGGAACUAAAGAGAGAGGUGGCUGUCUUCAAGAAGCGAGAGAGGCUACGGUCGGGGGAGAAAGCCAUCGACAUUGAACGUACCACCGAGGACGAUCCGGAGCUGAUUCAGCGAGAACAGAGGGUCCUGGAGGAUGAGGCCAACGAGGCCAACCACAAGGAGGAGGUGAUGGGGAUCGACAUCUCCAUCAUCGAAUCGGACAACGAUGAGGACAUCAUCGCAGAGAUCUCCGAUGAAGAGGUCCUCCCAAAGGACGAGAACCCUCCUCAUUCGCCUCUAGAAAGGAAAGAAAGUACUGUAUGAUCAUGGUUGAUGAUGGGGAUGCUUCAGGGGAUUCCUCGCAUUCUUUAUAGUAGAUGAACAAUGAAAGACGUACCUGGUGGUCGAAGGCAUCGGAAAGUUCUUGCCCAGAUUCUGUUUCAAGUGAGAGAUCUCUGAAUGAGGAAAUAUUUUAGGAUGCGACCUGGCACCGCUGAAAGACAUCCUGCAAGGAUUCGUAGAUCAGAAUUUUUAUGACAUUUUCUCAAAUGACAUCAUGGAUGUUAUUGUAGCCAAAGAGGUUACGGCCUCCAGAGGACACCAGGGGCCAGUUUCACAAAUCCUUUUUUCAAUGACAAAUGACAAAAAACAGUGACAAAUCUGCUGAUAACCAAUCAGAAGGAAGGAUUUCAGUAGCUUAUAACAACAACUGUCAUGUGUCACUGAUGACAAGUUUUGUGAAACGCCCCCCAGGACGUGACACCGCUGGAAAGACAUCAUUCAAAGAUUCAUUUGAUCACAGAGAAGGUUUUACGACAUCUGUUUGAGAAAAAUUAUGCAUGUUUUUGAGCCGAAGACCGUGGAGUUAACGACUAAGACUUCAAAGAUGGAACCGUCAGGGGAUGAAAGACACUGAUAGAGACAAGUCCUCUCGGUAACAGCGCCCUCUUUAUGCCUCCGAGCAUACAGCAUCCAUUUGUGAUUCUGCUUGUUAUCGAAAUGAAGGAGAAGGCAAAGCUGUUCUAUCACGCAAAUAUCCAUGUGCGAAUUACGCAAGGCUCUUUUGUGCCCUAUAUGACCUGGGGGUGUUUCACAAAGAUCCUAAGUUGAACUUAACAAUUAUGAAAAGCCGUUAGCAUCUUAGAAAAUAUUUGGUAAAAUUUAUU